GGCAGCUAGAGCGUCCCUCCUACUGGGAGCCGCGUGUGACCUUCUCGCUUGUGGAGCGAUGCUGCCGGCGGCCGCAAGCCUCCUGUGGGGGCCGUGUCUUAGGCUUCGAGCCGCCGCCCUCCGCCUCGCCAGUUCAUCCAAGCCGGAAACAACGUCGUGGGUAGCGUGUCUGCAUUACAGUUACGUGGGUUUCUAAGGCCCUUUGAAGAACAUAAAGUAGCUGGGAAAUCCCUUUCUUAUCCACGUGGACCCUGGAGUCUGAGAACCUGAGUCAGGACCAAGGAGCUAGAUCUUCUGAGCUCAUGGCACCUACCUGCCUGGUCCGUGUCACCUGCUUGUGCCAGGCUGAUGACUCUGUUUGAAUGGGGGUUAGGCAACAGGUACCUCGUGUCUGCUCCGUGCGCCUGAUGAGAUGCAGCAGCCAUCGAGGGGGGGAGGCCCUUGCUGGUGCCCCCCUGGAUAACACCCCCAAGGAGUACCCCCCCAAGAUCCAGCAGCUGGUCCAGGACAUUGCCAGCCUCACGCUGCUGGAGAUCUCAGACCUCAACGAGCUCCUGAAGAAAACGUUGAAGAUCCAGGAUGUGGGGUUCAUGCCGAUGGGUGGCGUGGUGCCUGGUGCUGCCCCUGCCGCAGCAGCCCCCGAGGCAGCAGAAGAAGACAUCCCCAAACCAAAAGAACAGACGCAUUUCACCGUCCGCCUGACAGAGGCAAAACCUGUGGACAAGGUGAAGCUGAUCAAGGAAAUCAAGAACUUCGUCCAGGGCAUCAACCUCGUCCAGGCAAAGAAGCUGGUGGAAUCCCUGCCUCAGGAAAUCAAAGCCAAUGUGGCCAAGGCCGAGGCCGAGAAGAUCAAGGCGGCCCUAGAGGCGGUGGGCGGCACCGUGGUUCUGGAGUAGCCGCCCAGAGGACUGUGGACAGGGGUCCCGGGCCCCGAGGGGGGCUCUACCUGCUCCUCGCGAAGCACCCAGGCUCAGCGGACAGAGUGGCCUCGGAGCAGAACUGGGCACCCGCACUACAUGGCCAACUCCGUUCUG